GCUCCUUGUGGUUCAUGGUCGCGUGCAAAGAGUAGCUGCAAUGAUGGCGUGCCCCCGCUGAGCCCCCUCAGGCAACAAGAUUGAAUUUCAAUCACCCAUGAUCCGUUUUGACUCUUUCUGUUCCGGCUCCGGUGACUCUUUUUCGAAGGCGGUACAUCCCUGUGACUCUGCUGAACCUCGACGCUACGGUCGCUACCCCACCAACAAUUUUGUGCAGCAGCUCUCCCUCCUCCAACAAGGGCACAUGCACCCAACUUUCUUCAUCUGCUCACAGACUUUUCGCUCUUGCGCAGACUGGCUGACUCUUCUUUCCCUCCAACCACUUUUCCAUUCGAGACAUUCGGGUAGAUCUUUAUCGUCUGUCAAUUGCUCAAUCCCACUUCUCAUCUCAUUUCGACUACAUCUCGUUCGGCGCACAGCCACUCGUCGACAUGAGCGACGGUGCCAUCAAGGAGCAGGCCGACGCGGCCGCUGCCGCCGUCGAGGUGCAGCCUGUGGAGGAGGCCGCCCCGGCUGUUGAGACCACCGAUAACAGUGCUCAAGACACGAAGAAUGGCGAGGACAAGAAGCCCGAUAACAUUCUGAAGACGACUGCCAGAAUCAACCACAAGGAUUUCAAGCAGAACCGCAAGUACGACCCGACCACUCAGCCCGUGUCAGAUGACCCGGCCAAGAUCCGCGCCCAGGUUGAGUUCUACUUCAGCGACAGCAACCUGCCGACCGACAAGUUCAUGUGGGAGAGCACCGGUGGCGAGGAGAACAAGCCCAUGUCGCUCAAGACCAUCGCCAGCUUCAAGCGCAUGCGCCAGUUCCAGCCCUACAGCGCCGUCGUUGCCGCCCUGCGCGAGAGCACCUUCCUCGACGUCGAGGGCGAGGAGGGCGAGGAGACGCUCAAGCGCAAGACGCCCUACGUGUCCUCCAACGACGCCCAGCGGGCCCGCGUGGCCGCAUCCGUCUACGCCAAGGGCUUCGGCGACGAGGAGGCGUCCACCCAGUUCGACAUCGAGGCCUUCUUCUCUACCCACGGUCAUGUCAAGCACGUCAAGCUGCGCCGCACCGCCGAGGAGCUCUUCAAGGGCUCCGUCUUCGUCGAGUUCGGGACAGCCGAAGAGGCUGACGCCUUCGUCCAGCUGGACCCCAAGCCCACGUGGAAGGGCCACGAUCUGUUGAUCAUGAAGAAGAAGGACUACCUGGACGAGAAGAACAGGCAGAUCAAGGCAGGCGAGAUCGAGCCCAACACCAACCGACGCAACGCCUUCUUCGAGGGUAAGGAGCGCGGAUCAGAUCGUCGCGGGCGUGGAGGCCGCGGAGGCCGGGGACGUGAUGACCGCAACGGUCGGGAGGGCAGGUCGGAGGGGGGUGAGAACGGCCACAAGAACGGCUUCAAGGGCGGUCGGGGUCGUGGCAGGGGAGGGAGGGGCGGUCGUGGUUUCCGCGGUGGUCGUGGUGGUCCCCGUGGCCGCGACAACAACAACAGGGAUCGUGACGAGAAGAAGAGCGAGGAGACCCGGCAGAACACCAAUGAUGUUCAAGUGCCCACUAUCCAAUCCACCGCUAAGAACGGCGACACUAAUGGCAAGCGCGCCCGCGAAGACGACGGCGGCGACGCGCCUCCCGCAAAGAAGGUCGAUAGCAAGGCAGCAGCUGUUGCGGCGCAAUAGGGGAACGGAGUUCUGGUCUGAGUCAUUUGAUGGGAACGGCAAACGAAAAGAACACAAAAGCUCAAGGAGGGAGGAGACAGGACGUGGAAUGCCUGGCAUUUUGCUCCCUCCCUUCCGACACAUUCCCUGUGUUGGUUGGGGUAUCCGACUGAGCUGAUGGGCUGAGUUGUAAAUUAUCCGAUACGGAUGGCGUUUUUCGGCUGGUCUGUUUUUAAAUUCAUUUUCUUUCCCCACUAGACGGUUGUCACUUGCCAUAUAACAUAGCGAUAACGUUAAGUCAUUU